AUGAGCAUUGAAGAUGCGAUGAAAUAUCAUUUUCCAAAUGUGGAGGUGGCAUUUAUGUUUUACAAUUGGUGGUACAUUAAGUAUUUGAAUGAUUGUCACAAUCAUACUUUGGUUGAUGAAAAAUAUUUGGGGAUUUUACCAGCUUAUAGAAAGAUAACAGAUUAUGACAAAUUUCAGAUGGACAAUAUGAGAAAGGUUGGCAUUUGGACUACACAUGUGUUUGAGUUGUUUGCUCAUCAAGCUGGUGGAUAUGAUAAGGUUGGAUUCCGCCAACGUGACAUGUACAAUGAAGUCGCUAAAGAUAAGAGAAGUGAUUUGUCAGAUGCAGGAGUUGCACUUGAGUUUCUUGCAACCAUGUCUUGUAGUGAUGAAAUGUUGUUUUGGAGACAUAAUAUUGACGAGAAUGGUAGAUUGCAACAUCUAUUUUGGUAUGAUGGUGUGUGUCGUAAGGACUAUGCAGUAUUUGACGAUGUACUUGCAUUUGAUGCAACAUAUAAAAAGAACAUGUACUUGUGUCCACUAGUAGUGUUUUUUUGGAGUAAACCACCACAAUCAAAGUAUUGUGUUUGCAAGUGCCAUAGUUGA